GCUCCCAAAUGUUAUCGUCCUCCGGAAGCUCCCUCUUAUGGCGGAGCCGUACACAUGUGCCUGCACCGCCGCCUCGGUCUUCGCCACCGCUUAAAGCUCUCUCCUUUCCCUUCUCUUCCAGUUUAUGGUUUAUUCACAGAACCACAAUUUCUCCUCUUUCGUGUUCAGCUGAAAGUUCCUCGGAGAUUGCCCUGGCGCAGAGCCAGCCUGCCCCUGAUUUCAAUCCCUGGUCGGAGUUCGCUCAAAAUGUGUCUGGCGAAUGGGACGGUUUCGGAGCAGAUUUUACAUGCGAAGGGCAACCGCUAGAACUACCUGAAUCAGUGGUUCCAGAAGCCUUUAGAGAAUGGGAAGUGAAGGUGUUCGAUUGGCAGACGCAGUGUCCCACUCUUGCCCAGCCCAACUCACUAUCCUUUCUUUACAAGUCCAUCAAACUCCUCCCCACCGUUGGAUGUGAAGCUGAUGCAGCCACCCGUUACAGCAUCGACCAGAGGAUCAUCGGGGGAGGCAAAUCCUCUGCAUUAGCCUUUUCGUAUUCUGUCACUGGCUCCUAUGUCGCUGUGUGGCCUUUGCGGAACAACCAGCUUGAGGUGGAGCAUUGUCUGAUCAAUCCAAAGGACAAGGAGUCUCGUGUGAGGAUUUUCCAGGUUGUCAGCUUAGCAGAGACCACCAACAUGUCCUUGCAGAGUGUCAAAGUUUUCUGUGAGCAGUGGUACGGUCCGUUCAGAGAUGGCGAUCAGCUUGGAGGCUGUGCCAUCCGUAGCUCCGGCUUUGCUGCUACACCUACCACUGCAGCUUCAGUGGUUACCGGUUCUUGGAGAGUUCUACUUGCUACCACUAGCUUUCACGCCUCUGAUUUCGUGAGUUGGCGUCCUUACACUGUGUAUUCAAGUGUGUACUUCCAUUCGAUGAUUGCCGUAAGUUUGUUUAUUUUGUGAGUAUGUUCAGGGUUGUAUACAACAAGUUACUGGCGAGAAGGUGAUUGAGAUUGUGAGAGAAGAAAAUGAUCUUUUAUUGCUUCCGCAAGAGCUGUGGUGCUCACUCCAACAAGGCAAAGACCGCGAAAGAGUAUUUUCAGUAGGAUGGGUCUUUGAGCCAGGCCAUGCUAUCACAUCCAGCUGCGUCUUCUCUAGCGAUUCUAAGCUAAAGGAGGUAACAAUGGGGAGAGAGACUGCUCUAUCAGAUGUAUGAUCAAUAAUCGUUUAAAUCUCCACAGAUCAUUCUUAUAAUUUUCUUUGUAGGAUGUGUGCACAUAAGUCAAAUUACAAUAAUCUCAUAUGACUUCCUAUACUGAUGUUUGAUUCAGUUUAUCUGUUAAUAAUACAUAUCAGUUCGUUUUA